AAGUUAGAAUGUCAGUCGUGUUACAUCAAGCAACCCGCAUACAUGAUACAAACCAUAGACAACCGUAGAAAUCAAUUAGUGCGAGUAUCCGAACGCAUCUCCACAUUCAAACUUGGAAUGUUUAUUGAAUUAGCGGGAAAUUUGGUCAUUUUAGUUUCUGUUCGUAAUUAAUAAUGAUUAUAGAAAACUAUUGCAUCAUUGUUACUAUAUUAGUAUCGCUAUCAACAGUUCCAGAAUGCCACGCCUGUUUUGCAUCUGAUCUAGAAGCUGUACACAAAAUAAGAACAGGCAGUACAUUCUACUUAGAAUGUCGGUGUGAUGAUCCAACGAGUUCAAGAAUAAGUUUGAAAUGGCUCGAUACACACGACAAGGAAAUACAGCCUUCGGGACCAGGUACAAAAUCGAACGUGUACACGGAGUGGUGGGACGAAAUCACGUACAGCCUCUACAUAACGAACAUAAGUAAAUCAAUAUCAGGAGCUUACAAAUGCGUGACCGAAUACAAUGGCCGAGAAUAUUCUAGAUCAUACACACUGGAAGCAUAUGAUCUACCGUACUUCGUUAACACUGAUGCAACACAAUAUGUAGUUAGUGGAAGCGAUGCGCUAAUUAAUUGCAAAGCGCGGGGUGAGACUGAUCCGUUGAUCAGCUGGCAUAAAGAUCACGAUGAACCUAUUGAGAUAAUAGAUGCUAAUAGGUAUGAAAUUUCAUCUCAAGGGUUGUUAAUAAGAAAUAUUACUGACGAUGAUAAUGGUAUUUAUAAAUGUACUGCGUCUGAUGUGGAAACCGGUGAAGAAAUCGACAAAAAUAUUGUGGUCAAGGUCAUUACAAAACCAGUGAUAAAUGAAUUGGUUGCGAUACCAGAUAAUGUAGCAUAUAAAGGAGCAUCAGUAGCAUUAGACUGUUCAGCAAAUGGGAUACCUUCACCUACAUUUAAAUGGAGAAAAGUCUUAAAAGAUGAAAAUAUAAAAACCAACAUAACAUGGGUAGAGGUUGUAAACAGAAUUGUUUUUGAUAGCAUCGCGGCGGAAGACAGAGGUAUAUAUGAAUGUACGGCUUCCAACACCGCAGGAAAUGUAACCGAACAAAUAGAGCUCAAGGUACUGGUUCCACCGGUUAUACUAGAGUUCGACAACAUAACAGCGACUGAAGGAUCUACGGUUCAAAUUGCGUGUAAAGCGAGAGGAUUACCGACACCAAAGAUUAAUUUGCUGUACUUGGGGGAAGAACCCGAGGAUCAGAGAAUCGUUUGGUCAAGCAACAACACCAGUGAGAUUGAAACUGAAUUUUACUUGACGUUUCUACAAGUAAAUAGAAGUCAUGAAGGUAGCUACAUCUGCAACGCUACGAAUGAUGUCGAAUCAGUUUAUUCUGAGAUGUUCAUGACAGUAUAUUACAAGCCUUAUUUUAAUAAACCAAUAGAGAACAUUUGGGGAUGGAGCGGAAACCCAGUAAAUUUGACAUGUGAUUAUGAAAGUAAUCCACCAUCAAAUAUAUCAUGGAGGUAUCAAGGAACUAGCAUUUCCACUGAAAAGCAAUUAGAAAUUAAUAGAUUGAUUGUGGAAAACGAAAACAAAGUGCCGGUUGAAGUUGAAGAUACGAUUCAAUACGGAAUUUAUGAAUGCACAGCAGAGAAUGAUUACGGUGAAGCUAAAAAAAUCAUUGUGUUUUUGGAAGGUUUUGCACCGCCACCAGUUAAAAAUGUAACAGUGCUAAACGUAACAGCUACUUCAGCAACAUUUAAUAUCGAUGGUCCAGAAGAGAUAACAGGCCCGCCAAUUGUCGGUUUCACAUCAGAAUACGAUGUAGCAGAGAACUUCGAUGUCACCAACAUCCACAUCAACAGAACCUGGUCACUCGACAGACCGUACAGAAUAAACAAAUUGAGGCCAAACUCUAGCUAUUUCAUUAGGUUUGCUGCAGUCAACGAUGUUGGUGGAGGUGCAUGGAGUGAUUUUAUAGAAUUUGUUACGUUGGAGAAAUCAACUCCAGAUGAACCAAUUUGGGAUAAUAAUGCGGAUUUUAUUCAGUCUGGUGUUUUGAAAUGGAAAGAAACUGAAGAUAACGGGGAACCUAUAGAGUUUUACAUUCUCAAAUAUUGUCAGGUAUCAAAUGGAACUAUUCAAUCAGAUCUUUGCCAGAUCGAGAUCCUCAAACUGACGACUGAAUACGAGUUAUCUCAAUUACAAUUCAAUAAAACUUAUUACUUCGAAUUAAUCGCUCAGAACUCUCUCGGAAACUCGUCGGUAGCUUCGGCCUACAUAGACAUACCAGCUGUGGAAACAUCGUCACUAACAGCAGGAGGUAUAAUUGGAAUAGCGGUUGUUAUUGUCAUAAUUUGCUUAGUAUUGUUAGACUUGCUCGUGUGCGCUUGGAAGAAGCAAGGAGUAAUUGCCACUUGCGCUUAUAAAAAGAAAAAUAACAAAAGAGAUGACACGAUGAACUCGCGGUAAGACUCCGAGACAGGAAAGGACUUUUAAAAGAAAGCGAUUCUUCGGCUAAUAAUAGAACUAACGGACACAAGGAAUUUGAAUAUAAUAAAACAACAGGAAUCAUUACCGGGAAACAUUCAUCAGUUUGAAAAAUAUAAUUUAUUUUAUUGUAAAUUGUGCUACUUAUUAAUUAUUUAAAUUUGUAAGAUAAUAUAUAUCGUAAAAACUAAGUAAAUAAGUAUUAUUAGUUAUAAAAAAAAAUUCACGUUUAAGUUAUAUAUUCCUUGAUAAUUAGAUAAUAUCCCUAUGAAAAUAUUGGGUUAAGUACAAAAUUUUAUAAAUAGUAUAUGAUAACAAAUGGCUAACCCAAUAUGGAAACCCUCGGAAAAAAAUUCUCUCAAACAGAUUUGCACGAUAUCACUUCUUAGACACAUAAAAUAUAAUCUGGCCUGAGCAUGACGAUCGGGCCGGUUUAUACUAAUGUAUACCUAACUGUUUAUACGAUGCCAAUGAUGUCAUCAGAAUAAAUUUAUUGCGCUCGUCACCUUGAGACAUAAGAUGUUAAGGCUCAUUUGCACAGUAAUUUUAAUAGCUACGCCCUUCAGACCGAAACACAAUAAUUUUUACAUAUUACUGCUUCACGGCAGAAAUAGGCGCUGUUAUGAUAGGGUCCAUAAUCUAGCCGGCAUCCUAUGCAAAGAAGCCUCCCAACUGGUAAAUUUGAAUAUUAAUUGUUAUAUUUAUUAGAAUAUAAUAAAUUAAUUGAUUCCAUCGAUUGUUUUGAAAUAUUUUACAAUUUAAUAAUGUAUACUUACCUAAAAUAUAAAAUAAAUUUUUAUGAUAUAUAUAUCAUUAUUGUUAUGUUAAAAGUACCAAAGAUUUUAAUACAAAAUAGACUUUAAUAAUAA